CGUGGCUUGGACAGACAGAAAAACAAUUCAAGAGGCAUUUACUAAUUAUGUACAUUUUAAUGCAAUACUAGUGAGUGCAGCCAAUACAAAUUCAAUGUAGAGUGUGCAUUAAAUCAUAAAGCAGUGAAACCAAGCAAUACACAAACUCAAACACAUUCUACGCACAACGAUCAUGAUACCAAGGAUAUAAAAAGCGCGUUAGCUCCUUAGAUAGACAACCAAACAAUAUGAUGAAUAACACACCAACAGCAAUGACAACUGCAACUGCAACAGUGCCGCCCACAAAUACGGGCGUGGGCAUUAAAAGUGCACGCAGCGAUAUCUUCGACGUGGACGGCACGCCCACACAAGCAACGCAACCGCCGAGCAUAGAUUACUCCAGCAUCUGUGCUAAGGACGUGCUGGUGCAGCCAACAGCGGAGCAGCUGCAGCUGCUGCAACGUCGCCUGCUUGAUCGCAUAGCGAUCAAUUGUGGCGAGGCCAUCUAUGAAAUAGGCGUGGGUCAAGAUGGCAGCGACAGUGGCUUGAAUGCCGAGCAAUUUGAGGCUUCCAUAGCGACGCUGCAAAAGCUGGCGUCCAGCAUUGAAGCAGACAUGGUAAAGCUGCGCGAGCGUCGAGCUGAGAAAGGCACCACUGCACAGUUUCUCAUACGCAAGCACAUAGAUACAACGGAUUUCAUGGAGAUCCGUGUGGCAGUUGUGGGCAAUGUGGAUGCGGGCAAGUCCACGCUGCUGGGCGUGCUUACCUAUGGCGAGCUGGACAAUGGACGUGGUCAUGCCAGACAGCGUUUGUUUCGACACAAACACGAAGUCGAAAGCGGACGCACCAGCUCUGUGGGCAAUGAUAUACUUGGCUUCGAUGGCAUUGGCAAUGUGGUUAAUAAACCCGAUCACGGUCACUUGGACUGGGUUAAGAUAUGCGAAAAAUCAUCGAAAGUUAUAACGUUUAUAGAUCUGGCGGGACAUGAGCGCUAUCUAAAGACCACAGUCUUUGGCAUGACGGGACAUGCGCCGGACUUUGGUAUGCUGAUGAUUGGCGCCAAUGCUGGCAUUGUGGGCAUGACCAAGGAGCAUCUGGGCUUGGCGCUGGCCCUAGCUGUACCUGUUUUUGUGGUGGUCACCAAAAUCGACAUGUGCCCGCCCAAUGUGCUGCAGGAUAAUAUGAAACUGCUUUUCAAAAUGCUCAAAUCGCAGGGUUGCCGCAAAGUUCCCGUCGUGGUGCGCAAUCGGGAUGAUGUGGUGCUAAGCGCCACGAAUUUCGUCAGCGAGCGCUUGUGCCCCAUUUUUCAAGUAUCCAAUGUGAGCGGUGACAAUCUGGAUUUGCUCAAGAUCUUCCUCAAUCUGCUGAGCACACGCAUGGCGGGCUCCGAGCAUCUGCCCGCCGAGUUCCAAAUCGAUGAUGUUUACUCAGUGCCCGGCGUGGGAACAGUUGUCUCCGGCACUUGUCUGCAGGGCAGCAUCAAGUUGAACGAUGUGCUCAUGCUGGGCCCAAAUGCGGUGGGCAGCUUUGUGCCCAUUACCAUCAAGAGCAUACAUCGCAAGCGCAUGAAUGUGGAGCGUGUGCGUUGCGGCCAGACUGCCAGCUUUGCGCUGAAGAAGAUUAAGCGUGCCUACUUGCGCAAGGGCAUGGUAAUGGUGUCGCCAGAGAUCAAGCCGCAGGCCUGCUGGGAGUUUGAAGGCGAAAUUCUGGUGUUGCAUCAUCCCACAACGAUCUCGGCGCGGUAUCAGGCCAUGGUGCACUGCGGCAGCAUACGCCAGACCGCCUCCAUACUGCACAUGUCACGCGAUUGCCUGCGCACUGGGGACAAGGCGCUGGUCAAGUUCCGUUUCAUCAAGCAGCCGGAAUAUAUACGCGCCGGACAGCGUCUAGUAUUCCGCGAGGGACGCACCAAAGCGGUGGGCAAUAUACUGCGGCCCAUGCCCAAUGCUACCGCCUCGCCCUAUCGCCCCAAGCCGGCCAAGAUGCAGUCGCGCGCACAUAACGGCAACGCUGCCGGCAGCAAUGGCCCCAACAAUCAGCAUCGUCACAAUGGGCAGGGCUCCUCGGGCGGUGCAGCCGGUGGCAGCAAAGAUGGCGGCGGCGGCGGUGAGGAGUGCAAGCAGAACGGCGAACGUCGUGAGGGCAGCCGGCGUGGUGGCAAGCGGAAACGCAACAACAAGCCACAAAUGAACAGCGCUGCACCGGAUGCGGUCAACGGCAGCAACGUUCCGCCUGCGCCGGAGUCUACGCCGCAAUCUAACCUGCAAAUCUAACUCUACUGUUUUGAAAUUUUCUUUUUAUAUUCAAAAUUUACUAGUUGUUAAGCGCAUAAGUAUUUUUGUGGGCUAAAAAACGGUUGUGCUACAUGUGAGACAUAUGCAACCGUCGAGAGAGCUUGAGAGAAAUAACUAUUUUGCUAACGGUUAAAUAACUAUGUACAAUUUGACAACUACUCAUAGCAUUGCGUGUAAUUUUUACCUAAAAGAGUAAACAAAUAAAUUGAAAUGUAUUUGGUUCUCGUC